AUGCGAUUCCACAUUCUAGGCACAGGUGCCAUUGGUUCUCACAUUGCCACCGAGCUUAAAGCUCGACACCCAGUAACACUCAUUCUGCGCUCACAGAGGGCCGUGCAAGAAUUCCGAGAACGAAACAAUGAAAUUACGUACAAACGGGUGGGAUCAAAUCCUCGCCAAAUCCAGGGUUUUGAUGCCGUUGCCAUGGACGACACGACCCACAUGUCUACCAUUGAAACACUCGUGCUGGCAACCAAGGCAACACAUGCUGUCGACGCAGUGCGCUCGGUACGACCUUUCUUGACACCGUUAAGCACGCUGGUCUUGCUCCAGAACGGUAUGGGUAUCGCUGACGAGCUCCUCCAAUCGUUAUGGCCUGUACCUGAGCAACAGCCUUCGGUUGUGAUUGGCGUCAAUCGACAUGCAGUCGAGCGUCUUGAACCAUUUAGUAUACAGCACAACAGUGGAUGGAACGAUAAAACAGGUGGUCUCGUCCUUGGUGCUCUUCCACAAGCGCGUCAGAAACAAGUAGAACCCGUGCUCCGUGCAUUCGCUGAAAAUUCUGAUAUGAAUACCCAGGUUGUUGACUCUCCAGAACUGCAAAAGCGCAUGAUGCGUAAAUUGGUGGUCAAUGCUGCAAUCAAUCCCAUCGCUGGUAUCUUGAACUGCACAAAUGGGGAAAUGCUCGAGAACAAUCAUGCAAUGGAGUUAUCACGUGUUGUAUGCAAAGAAGCCGCACAAGUGUUGACCGAACUGAAUACUACGACCGAGGAUUUGUUUGAAAUGAUUCAGUAUAUGCUCAAGAUCUCCAAAAGCAAUCGAUGCUCUACUGUCCAGGAUCUCAGUAACCAACGCUUGACAGAGUUGGAUUACAUCAACGGUUAUAUGUGUAAAUUGGCCAAGGAACGCAAGGUGGAUGUACCAAUGAAUCAAUUCCUUCUCGAUUUGGUCCAUGCUAAAGAAAAAACGUUUGGCGCAUAA